AUGAUGACGAUGCGCUGCGUGCUGCUGGUGUGUGCGCUGUGUGCGUGGUGCGCCUGCGGGUGUGCGGCGGUCGAUGACCAAACACUACUGAAGCUGCGGGAUAAUGUUGGACGCGUUGCGGUGGCUGAAUCAGAUGUUGGUGUGGUUGCGGAGCGUGAAACUGCUGUGCGGCAGUUGGCGGAUACAGUAAUUCCCGUUCAUGGCAAUGGACACACGCGAUCUAUAGUGGAGAAGCCAGGCCAUAUUUCUGAUGGUGGAUCGUUGGAUACCGGGGAUGAUCUUGUAGAAGAGGAGGAGGAUGUGGAGCCUGAUGGUGAGGAUGAUAACGAGGGGAUGGAUUCUGAGGAUGAGGAAGAAGAUGAAGAAGGGGAAGAGGAAGAGGAAGAGUCUCUGGAAGUGGAGGGGGGAACUCUGAGUACUCAGGAGCGAAGAAAUAAAGGAAAAGGGAGCGAGAAGCCACUCAAAGACAAAACAAAGAAAGGUGAGGAAGGGGAUGGGAGACACGCUGCAGAGCAUGUUGAUAACGGUCAACGUACUCCCCCAAAGCCCAACGGAGCACCAGGCACUGAUGUCGACCUCGGCUCCUCCCCACCUCUCCCCUUGGCAAAGACGCCUCAGAGCAAAGAACUGCAGAGCACCAGCGGUAAGGAGGGCUCCCGGGAAGAGGGGACAGACAAGGACAACAGUACUGUAGUUACGACCAAGAACCGCUCUGAGAAACCGGAUGACACUGACCUCGUCAGCGGUGCGCAGGGGACACCAGUGGCCGGCCCUCCUUCACAUGGUAAGGUUGAAACUGAACAUAAGGGGGGCACUGACACGAAGGUCAACAAAGAGAAUGGCGUAAAGGUCAAGGACAACGGAAAAACAACUUCGGUGAGCAGUGAGCAGGCAGAGGGCGGUACCCCACCUCAAACUGUAGAAGACCACAUCCAGACGGUGAAAAGCAAUCAUUCACAUAAAGUAGCUGGUACAGAAAGCACUGAUGGUGCAGCUACUGUGAAUCAUUUCUCAGCAGGUGACAUCGCGACGACUGCUGGUGAAAACGGUACUGAAGCAGCCGCAAUGCAGGGAGCAUCAGGAUUAUCUUCGACUACUGUUGGUGGUGUCAGUGAUGUGACAGACAACAAGCCUGCCACCACUGCUGCUGCUGAGAACGUGAAAGACACGAAGAAAACGGACAACAGCGUCAGUCCUGUGUGGGAGCACGCACCGGUGCUUCUGCUGACGUUGUUUGCAGUGACGGCUGUGUCAUGA